UGACACAAAAAUAUUGAGAAGUUAUGCCAAAGAGAAACACAUUAAUGUCGUAAUUGCUAUACGACUAUGUUAAUUACUUUUGGUGUUUUAAUUAUAUUUGAUGUUUAGUAGAAAAAUAAAACCGUUUUUUCAUCCUUUCAUUCGCUUUUCGCUAAAUCAGUCAAGCAAAUGCUCAUCUUUAAAGGCUGCUACUUCAUCAAUAGAUGACAGUAUUUCUAAAAUUAGAAAUGUUGGUUUCAUCGCUCAUAUCGAUGCUGGCAAGACGACGACCACUGAAAGGCUCCUCUACUAUUCAGGACGUAGUUCAUCUAUGGGUGAAGUUCAUCAAGGUGACACUGUGACAGAUUACAUGGUACAAGAACGAGAACGCGGUAUUACCAUUACCUCUGCAUCUACGACUUUCUUAUGGAAAAAACAUAAAGUUAAUUUACUCGAUACUCCUGGUCAUGUUGAUUUUAUUAUUGAGGUUGAAAGGUGUUUAAAUGUUUUAGAUUCAGCAAUUGUUAUUCUUGAUUCGGCAAGUGGAGUUGAAGCUCAAACAACAACUGUCUGGCAACAAGCUAACCGGUACAAUUUACCAAGAAUAAUCUACGCUAAUAAAAUGGAUAGACCAAAUGCUAAUUUAAAUAUGUGUUUAGAGUCUUUAUCUAAAUUAAAUGCCAACCCUGUUCUCGUUCAUUUACCUUUUUACGUCGAAAAACGUUUCACCGGAUUAAUCGAUUUACCGACUCUUUCGUUAUAUUCCUGGGCCAAUUCCAGUUCCAACGAUGAUGGCAGCAACUUUUCGGUUGAACAAUUAACCAAAGAUCACCCAUCUUGGCACGAGAGCUUGCAAGCUAGAGAAAAGUUGAUCGAGAUUUUAUCGGAUUGUGACAAUGACAAUGAACAACUCAGUGAAUCUGUGAUCACAGCGAGUAUUAGUCAAAUUCCAUCUUCUAUAAUAAUUAAUUCAAUUAGAAGAUCUGUCUUAAGAAAUAGACUGAAUCCAGUUCUGCUUGGAAGUUCUUACAAAAAGAUUGGUGUCCAACCUCUAUUAGAUGCUUUCUUACGAUACCUCCCAUCGCCAGUCGAAAGACCCAAUGCACUUUCGAAGUAUUAUGCAGACAAUUUUUGUGCCUCUGCUUUCAAAGUUAUUCAUCAUGAAAAUUUUGGUCCUUUGACGUUUCUGCGUCUCUACUCAGGAAGCUUAACUUAUCCAACCAAGGUUUACAACAUUAACCGAAAUAUUUCUGAGAAAAUAACGAGAAUUUUCAUACCAUUCGCUGACCAAUUCAAAGAGACCCAAACUGCUAAAUUUGGUGAUAUCGUUGCAGUUUCAGGUUUGAGUAAAACUGUCACAGGUGAUACAUUAACCAUAUCUGAAAAGAUUGCUGAUCAGGCAAGAAAAAGCUAUGCACAAGAUAACUCACUUCAAUUGGAUGAAUGUAAACCUGUUUUCGCUGGAAUCCAAAUUCCUGAUCCAGUUUUUUUCUGCACAAUUGAAGCACCUUCUAGGUCGAAGCAAAAAGAUUUAGAUAAGGCCUUAGAAAAUCUUACCCGAGAAGAUCCAUCUUUAACUGUUACGAAUGAUACAAAUUCUGGUCAAACCAUUUUAAGUGGAAUGGGCGAGCUUCAUCUCGAGAUUGUUAAAGAUAGGAUUCUCCGAGAAUACAAAGUUGACGCGGAAUUGGGUCCAUUGCGAAUAUCUUAUCGUGAGACUCCGUUAACAUCAUCCGAGGAGACUAAAUCGGUGAAUAAAGCAUUUGGCGGAGUUAAUAAUUUUGUCUCAAUGAAACUUGGAAUACACCCAUCAUCUAGAAGUGAUUCAAAAUUUAACCUAAAAGUCGUUGUUACUCAGGAUAAUGAUUUAGGAAAGUUGCGAACAGACAGAUUAAAAGCUAUUGAGAAUGGCAUUGAAAUGGGUUUAUCUUUUGGGCCAUUGUGCAGUUUUCCCGUGAUUGGUGUAGACGUUGAAUUAUUGGAAUUUAGAUGUUCACGAGCAACUCUGCAAUCUUUCGUCAGUUCAGUUGCUUCUGAAACAAUUCUUGCUGCGUUAUCCAAAGCUUCAAUGGCUUUAUUAGAGCCUAUUAUGCUUCUUGAAAUAACCUUGCCCAACAAAUAUUAUGGUAAAGUUUUAUCUGAUAUCUCAAAUCGACGUGGUCAGUUGCUCAAUGAAAUCAAUCGCACAGGUGAUUAUCGAACCAUUGAAGCGUUGACUCCUUUGUCGGAACUCUACUCUUAUUCAUCUUAUUUACGCACUUUGACUUCAGGAACUGCUAUUUUAUCGAUGAAAUUGGAUUCAUAUCAGAAAAUGAAUUCGAGUCAACAAGAAAAAGUUCUCGAGAAAUUAAAAGAAAUUUAAUUUCUUAAAGUAAUAUCCCACCAAAUGUGCAUUAAACUAUCGUUGUAGUAUCUAUAAAUAUUUAAAUACAUUUAAUAAUUUAUUCUAAAUCUAAUUCGACUUCAUAUUGUAAUUCUAAUAUUGUAUCAAAACCAGAUUAAAACUUCAUUUUCAAAGAUGUAUCUGAUACAGCAUUGUAUAUUAUGUAUUAAAUAAAGGCUCAAUGAAUAUGACAGUUAUUGAAAUGU